CUUUGGUUGUCCCUGUUGCCGAGGUAACAGACCCAAUAUGGCUGCGGGUGCGGAGGAGGGUGAGUGAAGAGAGGCAACGGAUGGAUGCGACUUCAAGGGAGAGUGUAAGGACUUCUGAGUGACGUCACUAACUGGCACCUGGAACCCAGAGAAUCCACUAGAGCUCCAUUAGAAGCAGCAGCCCCUGAGCCGAGUGUCAGGGAUAUAUGUGUUUACAGCUUCUAUAAAAAUGUCACUAUUCAAGGCUCGUGACUGGUGGUCCACUACACUAGGAGAGAAUGAAGAAUUUGACCAAGGAUGCCUUUGUGUUGCUGAUGUUGAUAACAGUGGAUCUGGCCAUGACAAAAUAAUUGUAGGCAGUUAUAGUGGAUUCCUCCGUAUAUUCUCUCCUCAUCCUUUAAAAGCUGGUGAGGGCAUUCAGGCUGAAGAUUUAUUGCUGGAAGUUCAGUUGCGGGAUCCUAUACUCCAAGUGGAAGUGGGGAAAUUUGUUUCGGGCACAGAACUUCUCCAUCUUGCCAUACUGCAUCCAAGAAAGCUAUGUGUCUAUUCAGUAUCAGGCACAUUGGGAAAUGUGGAACAUGGAAAUCAAUAUCAAAUUAAAUUAAUGUAUGAACAUAACCUUCAGAGAACUGCAUGCAAUAUGACCUAUGGACCAUUUGGAGGAGUAAAAGGUCGGGAUUUGAUUUGUAUCCAGUCAAUGGAUGGGAUGCUGAUGUUUUUCGAGCAGGAGAGCUAUGCAUUUGGACGUUACUUGCCAGGCUUUCUUUUACCUGGCCCCUUGAGUUACAGCCCCAGAACAGAUUCCUUUGUUACAGUCUCAUCUUGUCGGCAGGUUGAAAGCUACAAAUACCAGGUGCUGGCUGUUGCAACAGAUGCUGAUACCCGAAAAGAGAUUGAACAACAAAAAAUGACUUCUGGUAAAAGAUUGGUGGCGGACUGGAUUCUGAGUAUUGGGGAGCAGGCACUGGAUAUAAGGAUCGUCUCCUUUAAUCAGACUACAUUCUCCAUCCUGGUUCUUGGUGAAAGAAAUUUCUUCUGUCUCAAAGAGAAUGGACAGAUCCGCUUCAUGAAAAAAUUUGAUUACAAUCCAAGUUGCUUCCUUCCAUAUUGUUCAGUGAGUGAAGGAACAAUAAACACCCUGGUUGGAAACCAUAAUAACAUGUUGCUUGUGUACCAGGAUGUGACACUGAAGUGGGCAGCGCAACUUCCGCAUAUCCCUGUUGCAGUAAUGGUUGCAAGCUUCCAGGACUUGAAAGGAAUUAUUGUCACACUUAGCGAUUGCGGCCAUUUACAGUGCUCCUAUUUUGGAACCGAUCCAUCUCUUUUCCAAGCUCCUAAAGUUGAGUCCAGGGAUAUCAACUAUGAAGAAUUGGAUGUAGAAAUGAAAGAACUUCAGAGGAUUAUCAAAGAAGCCUCAAAAACCCAAGAUAUUUUGCCCAAGCUUGAGAAAGAUGAUGAUUUGACUUUAGUGGCAAGUGUAUCUUCUGAUCUCGAUUCUGUGUCUCAAGCAGUUGAGAGUGAGUUUGAGUCUGAAAUCAUCCCUUCUGUCACAGUAAAGUUCUGCAUACGGAGCAGGUUGAUCAUGAAGAAGGCAGUGCUGUCCAUAAACAUCCCUUUUCCCCUAGCUAUCACUCAGGACCAGGUCAUUUUUGAUUUAUUAGAACCAGAUGUAACUAAGACAGCAAAUGUCUCUGUAUUUCUAAAGGGAAACUGUCCUCCGGCAGACCUUGAGGGGAGUGCUGUGAUUUCAUAUAAUACACCUACAGAGCUGAACCCUGAAGGUGUGCCUCGAAUUGUGCAAUGUAAAUUUCGACUCCCUUUGAGGUUGGUGUGUUUUCCAAUACAGCCAUCGAAAGCAGCAAAUCACAAAUUAACCAUUGAUACCAACAAGCCUCCAGUGAAUUUAGUUAAUCUAUUUCCAGAUUUUGUUGAUCGAGUUGAAGAUGACAGUGUCAAUGUUUUGGGAUUCCAGUUGCUUGCAGGUCGCAAAGUUGCUUUGCUUGCAUCUAAAACAUCUCAACGAUAUAGGGUUCAGAGUGAGCAGUUUGAAGACCUUUGGCUCAUCACUAAAGAACUGAUUUUACGUUUUGAGGAAUACUUUCGGAAGCAAGGAAUCAAAGAUUUCACAUGUUCUUUUUCUGGACCACUGCCUCUUCAGGAAUAUUUUGAACUAAUUGAUCAACACUUUGAGCUACGUCUCAAUACGGAGAAGUAUGACAGCCUGUUAUCUGAACGAGCUGUCCAGUUUCGUGCAAUUCAGAGGCUUCUCCUAACACGAUUCAAAGAUAAGACACCUGCUCCACUGCAAAAUCUGGACACUUUGCUGGAUGGCACUUACAGGCAGGUAAUUGGUAUAGCAGAUGCUGCAGAAGAAGGCCAGCGAAACUUGUCCCGAGGCUUCACAAGGCUCAAGAGUGCGACACACCUGGUUACUAUGUUGAUUGGAUUGUGGCAGAAGCUAAGUAAAGAUCAAGUGGCCAUUUUAGAAGCAACAUUCUUACCAUUACUCGAAGAUGGUCAAGAACUGGGAUGGGAAGAGUCUGUGGAUGCAGCAGUUUCUCACCUUCUAAGAACUUGUCUAUCUAAAAGUUCCAAGGACCAGGCCCUAAACCUUACUAGUCAACUGAACAUUCCUAAAGAUACAUCUAGAUUAAAGAGACACAUCACUUUACUGUGUGAUAGAUUAGCCAAAGGUGGAAGGCUGUCAUUAAGUGCGGAUCCUGUAGCACAAGAAACCAUUGUAAUGCCAGGACUUCCCACAAAUUCUCCUAUGCCAAAGAGCAAUGCAUAGUUUUAUAUAUCUAUGAAUUGUAAUACUAAUUUUUAGUACAUUUUAGACUUGCAAUACAAUUGUGACAUUAUCAUCUGUCCUAACACUGUGCACUGGCAUCAUUAGGAGUAAAUGACGGAGUGGACGGAGAACGGGACUGGAACCUCCAGUGACAUUUUUGAGGGGCCCACUGCAAAAGAAAUGUUAAGACAUCAUAAGAAAUGUGAAUUGCUGCUGUACUUUUCGAUCCUUCAAGCCAUUGAAUAAUAAAUGUGUGCGCAGUUGAAAUAAUGUGAAAAACAAUGUUAACGAUGAUUAUCAUUUACCUGCAGUAAAUGUAGUGUUUAUUUAAGUUUAAGGUUGCAAAUUGUUUUAGUUUUAUCACAGGGAAAAGGGAAAUGUUGAUUUAUUUUACCAUGUUUAAGCUUUAUUGAGUAUUUUUCAUGAUUAUAUCAGUUAGAGCAGCAUUUGUACCAGGUUAGCUUCUGCAACAGCCAAAUCUUUUCUGCAUUGUCUAGCGCUACCACGUAAAACAUAACUUAGCGCUAUUACAAUUCAUCAAUGGGAAACAAAAUAUUCCAAACUAUACCUCACUUGGUUCUAAUAUU